GUAAUAAAAUCAGUUAAAAAUUCAAAAGAUCUUUAAAAAUAUUAAUUAAGAAUAAUUAGGGCUAUAGCAAACACUCCUAUUAUUAAAUUAUUGCAAAUAUUUAUUUUUAUAGCUAAAGAAAGUCAAACAAAAUUUAGGACAUUUUACUAGGUAGGGACUAAAUAAAUGUAGAAUAGUAUAACUGCUAAUCGGGCUAGAAUCAGUAUUUACAACUUUCAAAAUGAGGUUAAUGCUCUUUUACAAUAGCAAGAAAUGCUAGAAGAAGAAAACAAUUAGCUAAAGCAACGAUUAAAAACUAAAAAUGAAGAAUUACUAUUAAAAAUUACAAACAGUUUGCCUAAAAGCUUUACUGAUAACUUCUUAACGGGCUUAAAAAAAUAAUCUCUACAUUUAGAUAUGGUUGGAGAUAUAGCCAUGAGUAGUAUUUUAAAUGAUUAAUUUGAAACUACAUGCUCAAAGCAAGCAUAAUCGGAUAUUUUAUACUUGAGAUCUAUCAUUCAGAUUUAAAAAGAAAAAUUAAAAACAGCAGAAGCUAAAAUAAUAGAAUUAAAUGAUUUUGUUCGUUAGCAAGAUAGUUUGCUUACAUAAACGAAAGAACUACUAAAAUCAAAAUGUGCUAAAAUUUAAUUACUUGAAGAAUAGCUAUAGGAAGAAUAAAACCAUUUGGUUUGUCUUCCUCUUUAAUAACAAGAAAUUAAAUAACAGUAGUAUUAAUUUAAGAAGUUUAUGGAGACUGAAGAAGAAGAAUUUGAUUUUGCUCUACAAAUCGAAGAAUCAAGAAGAAGUUUAUUAGAAAGAGGGUUUCAAGGCGAUUUGUGCACUCUGUCUCCAAGCGAUAUUAAUGAAACAAAAAAGGAAAAUAGCAACUACAUGUAUCGCUUAUAAAAUUAAAACAAUAUUUUGUAUAAUAAAGACUCUGUAAAUUUGUCAAGCAGACUAAGUGCAGAGAGAAUUCCAAGUUAAAGAAUCCUUUAAAAUAAUAAAAAAAUUCUAAAUUAGAUAAGUUAAUAAUAAUCAGCUUGUAAUUCUAGCAGAUUUAAAAGCGAUGUGAAUAAUGAUAUAAGAAAAUCUUAUGAUAGGAAUACAGGUCCCACUAAUAUUAACGUCUAUUAAGUUUCGCCAUUUAAUUAUAACCAGGUUACAAAAACUGAAACAACUCCUCAUAAAAGGCAAAAUUCAAUAUCAAAUGGGCGAAGGAGAUCUAGAGCAGAGAGGUUAUAAAAGAGCACAAGUUCGAUGAUAAUUUAUACUUCAAAUGAGUAUAACACAUUUAACCCAUUAAACUGA